GCCAAGCGGGCCCAGACCAGGAAGAAGCAGACGCUUUGGCGCAGGGCGUGCGGAGGUCUCUGGGGCCGCGGAGAGUGGCCUGCGGCCUUGUUUUUCGGGGGCGGAGGCUUUGGGCUGGACGGGCGUCGCUCUGAGGUUAGGAAGUCGCAGAGCUCUCCCUGUACGCGGCCCCGCUUACCCGCGCACCAUCCUCUUUCGGGCCGGACGCCUCGGCCCAGCCCAGACCCAACCCGUCGUCACCCCCGACAGCGGGGACUAGCGGGGCGCUGCAGCCACCUCCGGGGUUCUCCACCCAGGAUGACUUCUAGAUCAGAGAUUGUAGAAGUGCUAGAAGAGGAACCAGUGGCAUCUAAGACUCAUGAUCAUCAAUUGGAAUCAGAUCCCAACCCUGCGGAAGCGUGUGGUAAUUCGUCCACCUCCCUGGAGAUGACUGAAGGCGUUUCAAAGAAACAGAUUCACCUUGGCUCUAGCCCUAAAAAGGGGGAAAGUUGUGAUCUCAGCCACCAGGAAGGACUUCAAUCCAGGUCCCUUUAUUUGUCCCCCAAAGAACAGUGUGCCCGUCAUCAAGACAGGAGGCAAUCCUGGCGGCGAGCAAGUAUGAAAGAAACGAACCGGCGGAAGUCACUGCCUCCCUUUCAUCAGGGCAUCACAGAGCUCUGCAGAUCCAUCAGUGUCAACAUAGCAGAAAGUAAACGGCUGGGCUGUCUCCUGCUUUCCAGUUUCCAGUUCUCUGUUCAGAAACUUGAACCUUUCCUAAGGGGCACUGAGGGCUUCAGUCUUGAAAAUUUUAGAGCCAAAGCAUCUUCUCUUUCUGAAGAAUUGAAACAUUUUGCAGACAGACUGGAAAGUGAUGGAACUCUACAAAAAUGUUUUGAAGAUUCAGAAGGAAGAGCACCAGAUUUGUCUCUGGAAACAUCAGUGGCUGAGAUGAAGGAAUAUAUAACAAAGUUUUCUUUAGAACGUCAGAGUUGGGAUCAGCUCUUGCUGCGCUACCAGGAGGAGGCUGAAGAGAUCAUAUCCAGAGGAUCAACUGAAACCAAAAAUACUGAAGUUGAAGUGGAACCUACAGCAUAUCUUGGGUCUUCACAGAGUGAAGUCCUUAAUACAAAGCCUGACUACCAGAAAAUAUUACAGAACCAGAAUAAAGUCUUUGAUUGUAUGGAGUUGGUGAUGGACGAACUGCAAGGAUCCAUGAAGCAGCUGCACGCCUUUAUGGAGGAAAGUACCCAGUGCCUCCAGAAGGUGUCAGUACAGCUCGGGAAGAGAAGCACGCAACAAUUAGAUCCUUCACCAGCUCGAAAACUGCUCAAGCUUCAGCUACGGAAGCAACCUAGCACACGUUGCUCUAAAUCUUGUCAGUGACCUUAUGCAGCUUUUCUGCCACAGGAUGCUCCAGAGGAGAGAAACAGGAAGAGUGCCCCAGUGCACGGCAACUGCACAACGGGCUAAGCUGUAACAUCUGCCCUGUUGCCUUUGAAGAUAACUGGCUGACUAUAAAUAAAGCACUUCGAUUUUUUUCUUAAAGUGAUGGAAUUUAUGCAUCUGAAAGAAUGUCAUAUAGAAACAUUUUCCAAGAAUGUGCAAAAUGCUUGAGACUUCUGCUUUGGAAUGACCUUCAGAAUUAGUGGCCCAUUCUUUUAAACGUCCAUUGUGAUCAGAAACCUUCCUCUUGUGAAGAUGUUUUUCAGGUUUUGAAACAACACGAAGUCAUUCAGGGCCGAAUCCAACAAACAUUUUAGGGGUCGUUCUGGUUGUAAAGGGAAUGAGACUGAUGCCCAGUGUGGCUUCGAAGGUGAUCUUAGGUAGAGGAGUUGUGAGCAUUGUUAGCAUCGUGUGGAUACAUAAAUCACAUCACAACAUGUCCAGCUUGAAGGAGGUUCCACUCAUUCUCUAUAUCCUGAUGUCUGUAGUGUGCUUUAGCUUUUAAUAUUGAGUCGACAUCCUAAAUCCUGGAUUCAUGGCAAGAAGGGGUUAAGUACCUCUUUUCAUCGUUCUCCAUAUUUGUUAAUAAUCUGCAGUAUAAGAUUGUGCAUACUUAAAAGCUUUCCCUUGUC